ACAGACCAAUUUUCCCGCUGAGCCCAAUUACAUGGGCAGCAGGCAGCAGUUUGUUCAAAGCAGCUCGACAUUCAAGGACCCAGAGCGAGCCAGCCUUAGAGACAGUGGUCAUGGCGAUAGUGAUCAGGCCGAUAGCGACCAGGACACUAAUAAAGGCUCCUGCUGCGACAUGUCGGCCAAGGAGGCUCUGAAGAUGAAGGCUACGGGUGUUAAACCACCUCCUCUGGAACAGGGUGAGUCCUUGUUACCUAGUUACUCUUCACCGUCAGACUUGAUCACCUCCUUCUAUUAUGAA